ACGUAAAUGACUUCCGUGGGGACGGGCCGAAAACCCAACACGUCGCGCCCAAAACCGCCGACCAAGGCUCGCACACGCCGUGGCCGCCCCGCGCGCUCGCCCGCCGCGUCGUCCCUGUCCCUGAUCCAUCCCCAGUCCCCAGCAGUCCAGCGGCCACCUCCCGCUCGCCGCCGCUUGUGGCCGGAGGACCGGAGGUACAUGGGCCAGGCUCUGCGCCGCGCCUCGGGGCGCGUGAAGCCCCCUCCCGCGCCCUCGCCGCCCGCGAGGCAACCCCACCCUCCCCCGCCUCCGCCCCAGGCGUCGCCGGCGCCCGCUGGCGGCGCGACGCAGGACCGGCUCGACGGGCUAUCUGGUGACGAUAUCACGGCUCCAACAGAACACGGUCAUGGUGUACUUGAGGAACGUGAUCCAAGUUACGACGAGAUGCUCAAGCACAUGGUUGGGAGAAUCACUACCAAGCCCGGAGGAAAACCAGAAAUGGGUGAAGCUUCCGUUGUCCAGCGGUACAACAGGCCGCUCCCAAAGGUCAGAACGUCAAAGGCCGAACCUGGGCAAGGUGGGGGAAGGCAGCUACCGUCAGGCGCUCUGAACGUCCAGCACAUCCAGGAGAUCAUCCGACUGUACCAAGGGAAGUCGACUAACCACCAGGGCCCGAUGAGCGUGGAUGACAUCGCCUCGAGGUUCGGAGUCGAAGCCUCUGCCGUCCAAAACAUCGUGCGGUUUGUUUCGCUGCCCCAGGACGAGGGCGUCGAGAAGAAAGAGGAGCACUGAGGGUCCACGUGGCCGUGUAGCUACCUCUGAGCCUUUGGUCUUGUUCCCAAGCUCAUAGAUAACUGCUGCUUGAAUGUGAUUUUGAUAGUGUUGUUUAGGUUUUCUCCUGCUCCUGCUAUCCAGGAUAAUGAAGUUAGUAUGGAAGGGCUCUGUUCCAUAAGCACCUGCUGCUAUGAUCAGUGGACGCUAAUAUCUGUUUCUGGCCAGCUCCCCAAACCACGCCAUAAGGAGUCCAUUUUGGUUUUCUUGGCUGCCUCAUUUCACUUUGGCUCAUUUAGUGACCUGUUGCCUAUGAUGACUGCAGCACAGUGGUUCAGCAGAAGAUGUAUGUCUUUGCUCUGGUGGAAACCACACAAUGGUCGUUACCUUGAUGACAUUCAGGUAGAUCGCUCCUCUAGAUGUUGUAUUUGUUUGCAGCUGCAUUUAUGGGCAGGGAUUCUCACAACCAUCUUCAGUUGAGAUGUACUGAGCCCAGCACCUUCAAUAUAAAUGGAAAAAAAAUCUCUAAGGGCUGAUUUGAUAGUCAG